GAAGGGGCUCGAAGGUAUAGAGGUGGAUAGGUCGCACCUACGUUCACUCUCAAAGCGAGAAUGAACAAACAGCAGUGCAUCUGUACUACCACCCCCUUCCCCUCAUACUCACGCACACGCCUCUUCAGAAACAAAUAUUGAAUAUCCUCUUGUGUCACGAGACAAAGAGCAUUCCACUCUUCUCUCCACCUGCUGUGCGCGUGGAAGCGCCGGCGAGAGAGUCUGGCCAGACACGGGACAUAUCGAGGGGCUUUCUGUCGCCCUCGCAUUACUGCGUCUUCAUCUCCUUCGUCUUUUCUCCCAUUUUCCAGCUUGACAUUUCUGCGUUAAUUCUGUCUUUUUUUUUUCCUUCUUUCUGCUGAAGGAAAAGGCUUUUCGUUGGUUUUUGUUUGUGCACGCGCGUCAUUGCAAUAACACGAGCCUGCAUGCUUCAAGAGUUCAAUCUAUACACGUUUGGUUAUUCAGCCGUAACGUUUAACAGUGUGUACAUGUAUUCUUACAGGAAGAGAUGCACGAGGAGGAAGACAGUCCAUGUAACAGUGCAGGCCUGGAGUGUGGCCAGGCUCCUACAGAGGAGGAUCAGAUGGCGGAGGAGCAGCGUGGUGCGUGUGCGGCGGAGGUGCGGGCCGGAGGUGCAGGCUGGCCGCGGGAGCUGGCCUGCUCCCUGUGCAAGCGACUGUUUAGCAGCCUGCUCCAGCUGAGAGAGCAUGAGUAUGGCCACACGCUCUCGCUCAUGGCCCUGUCCCUGGACUGCCUGGAGCAGCAGCGCCCCCCGGCGGCCGCGCCCUCCCUGGCACCGGCCGCCCGCUACCGCUGCUCGCGCUGCCCCGCCAGCUUCACGCUCAAGUCCAACGCUGACCGCCACGAGAAGACCAUCCACUUCAACCGAAAGCGGAUGCGGUGCGCCUACUGCCUGAAGCACUUCCGCGACCGCACCGACCUCAACCGACACCUGUCGUCCGUGCACUCCAGUGAGCGAGUCUACGCCUGCCCGGCGUGUGCCCGUACCUUCAGCACGCAGAAGAACCUGGCUACCCACACCAAGAUCUGCUGCCAAGCAGCCUCUGGCCCUGCCAAGCUGCUCUGGAGCUCCCACGCCUUGGAGGCUGACGGCCAUGGCGAGCGCGGCCACGCCCCGAGCGGAGAUUGAUCGUUAACCCUGCAUCCUUGGUCCGCCCCCCCCCCAGUUGCCUGAACUUGCCGUUUGACCUGUAGGUUAGAACGAAGACACUGGAGUGACUUCUUCGUAGAGUCUACUCAGGGCUUCCUUGAGCACUGAGAUUUGUACAAGCUUUGUAGCACAUUUGUGCAAGACUUGUGCAAACAUUGUAAAAUGUAAAAAUGUGAAUAUUUGGUGAAUUAAAGUAUAUAUUCUAUA